AUGCCUUUGCCACAUAUACCCUUAGAUGAACCAGCCUUCUAUAUAAGUGAUUUUAAUGCCCUUUUAGGUCCUGAGGAUAAAAAUGUGGGUUUUGAAGUUGAUGAUAUUGAUUUCUUUAAUAUUAGGAAUUUUUGUAAUGUUUUUGAUUUGCAUGAUCCUGGAUUCUCUGGUCCUAGGUUCACUUGGUCUAAUAUGCAACAAGGUCCUGAUCUUAUUCUUGAAAGACUUGAUAGGUGUCUCAUUAAUCAGUAUGCUGAAUUUUUCUGCCCUAAAUUAUGUGUUAAUAAUAUUCCUAGGGACUCUUCUUACCAUUUCCCCAUGCACAUUGGUUUUAACUUUGAAGACAAUUUUAUGCCUAAGCCUUUUCACUUCAUGGCCAUGUGGAUGGAAGAUCCCACUUGCAGAGAUAUUAUAGCUAAUGCUUGGUCCGUUAAUGUAGUUGGUUCCCCUGCUUAUAAACUUAACGCUAAGUUUCUGAAUACUAAGAAAGGACUUAGGGACUGGAAUAAGACUUCUUUUGGUAACAUACAAACCAAUAUCAAAACUACUAGAGAAGAACUGGCAGAUCUCCAGACUUCCAAUCGUACCGACUCUUCUUCUACCUCUAUACUAAGGGCUAGAUUGGAAUAUUUGUAUAACCUUUAA